GAAACUUGACAUUUUCUUGCAAUAGGGUUUUAAUAUAGUUAUAAUUAUUGUAAUAAUAGCCCAACAUUUCUAUAAAGCCUAUCCAUGCAUCAAAAUUACUAAGCAAAUUAAUAUCAAUAACAAUAGCCUUUGAAGUAAUAAUGAAAUCGCCUAUUGCUCUCCUCUUCUUGCUUUCACUUGCCCUGUAUACUGAUGCAAGAAAAGACCCUGGAGAGUACUGGAGAGAUGUGAUGAAAGAUGAGCCAAUGCCUAAAGCGAUCCAACAUCUUAUGCCUCGGUCACAUAAAGAGAUCAAAACUGAUUGUGAUAAAUCAUCUGAUUUUGAACCAAUUCCUAAUGUAUCUAGUUACCACGACGAUACCAAAUUGAAAGAAGAAGAAAAAGAUUUCGAGACAAGGCCAAAUGUUACUAGUUACCAUGAUGGUGAUGCUGGUCUCAAACAAGAAAAAUAUUUCGAGCCAAGUACAAAUGUAUCUAGUUACCAUGAUGCUGACACUGGUCUCAAACAAGAAAAGGAUUUCGAGCCAAGGCCAAAUGUAUCCAGUUAUCAUGAUGAAGACAUUGGUCUCAGAAAAGAAAAAGAUUUUGAGCCAAGGCCAAAUGCUUCUAGUUACCGUGAUUGAUAAUAUGACAGAGAAAGAGUGUUAUGUGUCAGUGUGUGAAGGCGAGCCUAGGGCUAACUUGUUAAGUUAGUUGUCAUGUAAUAAGGAGGUGAUUAAGUUGUUGUCAGGGUUCGAGCCCUAGAAAUAGCCUCUUGCAGAAAUGCAAGGUAAGACUACGUAUAGUAGAUCAUUGUGGUUUGUUCCUUCCUCGAACUCCUCGCAUAGCCAGAGCUUAGUGCACCGAGCUACCUGUUUUGUCUGUCAGUGUGUCUUUCUACUUCUUUGUAUGCCUCCCAAUGUGAAGUGAUCAUGAAUAAAGAAAAUGCCUGAUGUGGUUGUAUUUUUUUAGGUUAAAA